AUGGAAAAAGAUCAAGAAAUUCAACCGGAUUUAAUGAUGGAAGAUGAACAAGAUUCACACAGAGCUGAAACGGUGGCGCCGCCGGGUGUUUCCGCCGACAAACCACUGCGGGUGAAGAUCAAGUUUCCAAACAUGAAAGAAAGCGCGGAGGAGGAGGAUGGCCCAAAAGUGAAGGAUCAUUGCUGUGUGGAGUGCAAAAAGAGAUUUAACUCAGGCAAGGCAUUGGGAGGUCACAUGAGCAGUGCUCAUGUUCAGGUCAACAGAGAUUUCUCUCUCAAGAAGCUGAAAUCAAAGAAGAAGCGGCCGAAGAAACUUUUGGGCUCGAAUUCUCCGUCUGACUGUGGCGGAAAAAUUAUUUGUAAGAUCUGUGGGAAGGAUUUCAGAACAAACAAGUCCUUGUUUGGGCACAUGAGGUGCCAUCCUGACAGGGAGUGGAGGGGGAUGGAGCCACCAGCUAUGGCGGCGAUGAAUUUUUCGGAGCCAGAAUUUGAGGCCAUGAAUGGGGUUCCUUCACAUGUUUUUGAUGGUGAUCAGACUGAUUCAGGUCCUGCGGUAGAUUCUCCUGCGGUGGAUUUGAAUAAAUCUGUGAAGUGGCUGGUGACCGGUAAGCGCGGGCGGGUUCCAACUAAGCCACUUGUUGAUUCACCUCUUCUUCGGAGUUCAGAGGAAAUUCUAGCUGUUCAACAGCUUAUAAGGCUUGUCAAUGGGGAUUCAGUGAAACCUAGUGAAGAUCUGGAUUUCAAGCUUAAGGAAGGUGAAGCUACUAACAGCAAUUCUUGGACUCCUGAGAAUGAAACCGAUGGUUUUAAUCAGGAUUUUCAAUUGAAUAAGAACAAAGAGAAGGUGUUUCGAGUUGGAGAUGAAAGGGAUUCUCCUAUUAAAAAGCUGAAAAUUUGGGAAAGAGUUGAUGAAAACCCUGGUGGUGCACAAGUCAGGAGAAUCUUUUACAAUAGCAAAGGAAAGGGUCGAAAAUUGAAUCCUGGAUUGGAUACUGAAAAUUCAAUUAGUUCGGAUUAUUCAUUAGACGAGUUUGAACCUUACAAAUCUGGUACUAAUGGUUCUAUGAUGAUCAAGAAAAAAACUAAAGAAGGGAUGAAAUCAGUGGAUCCAGAGUCGCCACCAAGUUUCAGCCACAUAGGACCGGAAUCUGAAUCUGUUCCUCUUGCCGUGACACCUGAUAAAUACAUUUGCAACACUUGUAGAAAGAGUUUUCCUACACCUCAAGCACUAGGCGGGCACAGAUCGAGCCACAAAAAGUUCAAGGUGAAGGUUUACAACACCAUUGAUGAUCAGUCUUCAAAUGAAGUUUCUUAUGCCAAGUGUAGGCGAAAAGCCAAGGCCAUCAAACAAUUGGAAGUAAACAAUGUUCUUGGAGUUCAGAAUCAAUGCCAUUGCAUUGGUGAGUGCAAUCUUGCUGAUCAUGUUACCUCAACAGAGGAACCGAAAAAAGAGAAGAAAGUUUUCCUCAAGUUCAACCUCAAUGAGAUUCCUAGCCAGGAUGGUGACGAUUAG